AUGGACAACCCCCCGCCGACGCGUGACACGAACAUACACACCAUCGUCAAGGCGCAGAUCGUGUUCCUGUUGUCGACGCUCACGGAGGAGAAUUUUGAACGGAAUCAGGCCGAGAUACGCUCGCUGUCCGAACAACACGGUGUCGACACGUACCUCCACUUCAUCCGCCGCCUCAUAGUCCACUCGCAAGCUCGCCUCUCCUCUUCCGCCGCCUCCUCUGCCUUCGACCCGUCCACUGCCCUCACCUUCCGCCUCUUGAUUCAAGAAACACAGCGACUCGCCCGGGACCCCUUCCUAGCCGACCGUUUUCGUGAUGGAAUCGAUAAAGGCGAAGGCGACGUCUUCCGGCACUUUGAUCUCGCUCGCUUUGUGGACCGCGUCGGUCUGCGCCCGCUCGAGCGGCUGGUGCUCGCGGCAUCCAUAGUCGCGGCGCCGACGCGUAAGGACCUCGCGACGCAGGCGCAGAACAUCAUCCGGCUGGAGUGGGAGAACGCGGUGCUCUCGUUAUGCCAGCAUCCAUCCUUCGACCAUGCCGACCUUAACCCGAGCCAGCUCGCGAAGUUGCUGACGAACCUGCUCUCCGACCCUCCUGCGGACGCACCGGUGUUGGACGCGCUUCAAAGGCAGGAACUCCUGCGGGCCGCGAGGACGAAGUACGGCGACGAGAUCAUCGAGCCGAUCCUGCAGAGGAUUCUUCCGAACUUAAGUUUGGCGCCGGGUACCGAUCUCGUGGACACCUUCAUCGACCUUGGGCCGGAAAAUACGGGAGACGUGCAGAGCAUGCGGGCACUGCUCUUCCGAUUUGGCAUCACGGACGCCAACCCGCCUACCGACAGUCAGCUCUUGGAGGUGGUUCAAGCUCUGGCUCGGUUUGCGGUGGAGGGCGUGGGCGUGGGCGACGUGAGCGCUCUCGUCGCAGCGUUUGGUAGCUUUCACACAAAGCUAGACUGGCCUGCCGUCAUCAGGUCGUUCGACUGGCCUGAUCGGCAUAGCGUGGACACCGCGACGCUCAAGUUGUUAAUCGCGAUACUCCUGAACUCUCCCGAAGAUGCCGAACCUCACGCAGUUACUGGAUUUUGGGACAUCUGGGACAACGCCCUUGCUCAACUGCGUUUGCUUGACGCACUGCUAUCACUCCCCGGCGACACCUUCAACUUCGUGACGCUUCCUGGCCGGAGGAUUGUUACGGUCGACGACGUCUCCGUGGCGAGCCCUACUAUUAAGUCACUCGCCGCAAACGUUCAGGGUCACACCUGGAACUCGCUAGACCUCUUCGAGGUCCUGGUCAGGUUCUCGGAGAUUGGCACACCGGAGAUUGUCAGCUGCGUACAUGAAAUGCUCGACAAAGCCGUCAAAAUCAGUGCAGAGCUGGUUCACAUGGGCCUUUUACAGGUUGAGCGGCCAGAUUGGAGUGGCAUCCGUCGAGAGUAUGGGGACAAGCUUCUUCACAUGUUUCUAAAUGGGCAUCCCAACCAUCAGCUUGUGUUCAUGCGUAUAUGGCAAAUACGUCCAACAUACCUCACAGACGCUUUCCGUGACUUCUACAACGAGAGCGAAGUGAAUAUCACGCGGAUCCUAGAUGUAGCCCAGGAUCUCAAGAUUCUGGACUCGUUGCUGGAUGUGCAACCGUUCACUUUUGCACUUGACGUCGCUGCGCUUGCGUCUCGCCGCGAGUACCUCAACCUGGAUAAGUGGUUGCAGGACAACAUCAAUACUCACGGAAAGGAGUUCCUCAUGGCAAUCCUGGACUUCUUGCAGGCUAAGAUGGAGAGCGAGAAGGCUGCGCGGACGUCUGAGGUGGCCGUCGACUCCCAGCGCACUAUGCCCUUAAAUCCGCAAACCAUUACCAUCUUCCUACGUACAUUGCGCAACAGCUCGAGCAUGAUGGAGAAGAAGGACGUUGACUACUGCCUGGAAGUUCGCAACUCGUGCUUGCAAGUGCACCCGCGGCUCAUGAAUCUGACUCCGGGUUCGGAAGUCGAGCCUGGGUUCACUGUCGUUAGCUACUCUCCGGAGAUCGAAGCGGAAGUGGAUAGCAUCUACAAGCAGAUGUACGACGAGUCGAUUACCAUCGACGAGGUCAUCGUCAUGCUGCAGCGCUUCAAGAACUCCACGAACCCGCGGGAGAAUGAGAUAUUCUCCUGCAUGCUUCAUUUCCUCUUCGACGAGUACAAGUUCUUUCAAGCUUACUACCCGGCACGUGAGCUGGCCAUGACCGGCUACCUCUUCGGCUCGUUGAUCCAGUACGAGCUCGUCGACUACAUACCCCUCGGGAUUGCCAUCCGAUGCGUUAUGGACGCUCUCAAGUGUCCGCCUCAGACCAAUCUCUUCAAGUUCGGCUUGGAGGCCCUUGCGAGAUUCGAGGGCCGGCUUGCCGAAUGGCGUCCUCUCUGCGAACUUCUCCUCGAAAUACCCAACCUCCUCCAGCAACGACCUGAACUCGGACCCAUCAUCCAUCGAGCACUCGCGAACAGUUCUGAUAAAUCAUCCAAUCCCGCCGCACUGACGGUCGUCAACGGCCACGCCCCCGAUAUACAACCCCCUUUCACCGCCAUACAGCCAGACUCAAUCCCAGGAGACAUCGAGCCCCCGUCUGAGGAAUCGUCCGACAAGAUGCUAUUCAUCGUCAACAAUCUUGCUCCGAGUAACUUCGAGAGCAAGAUAGACGAGAUGCGUGAACAGUUCAAAGACGAUUACUCAAGGUGGUUCGCCAACUAUCUCGUCGAUCAACGUGUCAGCACAGAACCGAACAACCAUCAACUCUACCUCCGCUUUCUCGAUGCCAUCGGCAGCAAGACACUUUUCCGGUUCAUCUUGCACGAGACCUUCGUCAAAUCGGCCGCCUUACUCAAUUCCGAUAAGACGAUGCAGUCAAGCUCAGAGCGAGCCAUUCUCAAGAAUGUCGGCUCCUGGCUUGGGACAAUCACCCUGGCUCGCGAUCAACCAAUCAAGCACAAAAACCUUGCCUACAAGGAAUUGCUCCUCGAGGCAUUUGAUAAUACCCGAUUGAUCGUGGCCAUACCCUUCGUCUGCAAGUCUCUAGAGCCAUGCGCGUCCUCUAAGGUGUUCAGGCCGCCCAACCCGUGGCUAAUGGCCGUCAUCGGGCUUUUGGCUGAACUGUACCAUUUCGCAGAGCUUAAGCUCAAUCUCAAGUUCGAAAUCGAGGUGCUCUGCAAGGCGCUCAACAUCAAUCUCGACACUGUGGAGGCCACGAGUCUGAUUCGCAAUCGCCCACUAUUGUCCGAACCGGCGUUGGAUUAUGUUCCGGACAUCGACUCGCUUCCUAUGGGCGGUUACGAUCCGUCCAACCAGCUGCAUGCCGACCCUCAUGUCCUAGGUCUUGGUCCUCCAGCUGCCUCAGACUCAGGGCGGGCCGUCGGUUCUCAUAUCGAGGGAAUCUUGUCAAGUCUGCUCUCGCUUGUCACGAUCAGUCCGCAGCUCGCCCCUUUGCAUACAAACAUAGCAUUCAAGAGAGCGAUCCAAUUGGGUGUCGAUCGGGCAGUUCGUGAGAUCAUUCUGCCUGUUGUCGAGCGCUCAGUCACUAUAGCCGGCAUCUCUACUAGGGAGUUGGUCGUCAAGGACUUUGCCACGGACACCAAUGUGGAUCGACUGCAAAAGUCUGCCCACAUGAUGGCCCAGAAGCUAGCCGGAAGCCUGGCGUUGGUGACGUGUAAAGAACCGCUCAGAAGCAAUCUUGCUACCCACAUGCGGCAGUCUUUGGCUGAACAUGGCUUUGGCGAAAUCAUAUCAGAACAGAUCAUCAUGCUUUUAGUGCAAGACAAUCUAGAAUUCGCCUGCCAAGCCAUCGAACAAGCCGCGAAGGACCGGGCUGUGGAUGAAAUCGACGACGCUCUCAUGCCAUCCUACGAGGGACGCAGACGACACAAUCAGCAACGGCCCAACCAGCCAUACUGGGACGUUCAAGCACCACCUCAGAAUAUAUAUCCCGUGCCGCUGCCGGAUCCUCUCAGAAUUAAAGCCAGUGGAGUUCAACCUGUGCAGUUACGAGUUUAUGAAGAUUUCGGCAAUGACCCCAAGCGUUUAAUGACGAGCCGACCUGGCUCUACAGUAUCCUAUACCAGGAACGAACCGCCUACUUAUUCUGCCACGCCGCCCCCAGACCAACCCGUGGCUAACUCUAAUGCAUUCUCCCAUGCUGAAGCAAUGCAGCGUUUCCUCAUCAUUGUGAAGGAAUUGGAUGCUAUCCUCGAGCAGCUGCCAGUCGACUCGCUGACUGCUCUUCCGGCCAAUCACGAAGUCCGACAGUUAGUCCGACAGGUUCUCUUCCUCACGACCGAGUCGGCGGAGCCAAGUCACACUGCGCUUGCGCUGUCUCAGAAGAUAGUACAAUGCCUCUACCGAACGCAGUCGCAACUUGGAAGGGAGAUCUACGUGGCGUUAUUACAGCAACUGUGCGAUAUGUUCCGGGACGUCAGACAGGAAGCCUUGCCCUGGUUGGCCGAGGCGGAAGACGAUCGGAAGUUCAACGUGCCUGUCACUGUGCUCUUGUUCAAGAGCGGCUUGCUCAAGGUUUCUCAGCAAGAUGUUCAUCUAGCGAAACUUCUGGCAAACCCUCGACCAAUCCUGCAAACCUAUGUCGCUGGCUUGAUCCGCGAAUGCGUCACCGCUAAUCCUCCUGUUGCUUCACAUCAUCAAUUUGUUACCUGCGUCCCCCGCCUGAUUGAAAUCUACCGCGAAGGCACGGCGAAUGAGGAUGUCAUAUCCCUUGUGGACGACCUUCGUGGCGUGCGUCGCCCGGCUUCAAGAAUGGCCCAAGACCCCGUGACGCGCAUUCCGUCCGCCAAAUUGGAGACCGACGAACUACGCAGUCAGAUGCAAGCUCACUUCCAGCGAUGGGUCGGUAUCUACCAACGCUCUCCCAAGCUCGACGUCCACUUCGAAUACUUCGUUCGGGAGCUUGAGAAGACGCGCGUCCUCAGCACGGAUGACGUGUCUCUGCUCUUCUUCAGGGUCUGUGGCGAGGCGAGUAUCAGUCACUAUGUAAGGAGUGUGGCUACCGGUCAAUUCGACUACGCGUUCCAAGCCGUCGAUGCUUUUGCCAGACUGGUGACGAUGCUCGUCCGUUUCCAAGGGGACAAGACAGGCAUGGGCUUUGACCAGGCGAAGGUCUACUAUCUGAAGAAAAUUCUCUCUACUGUCACCCUCAUCUUGGCCCACCUGCAUGAGGAGCAGGGAAUGGCGUUCCAGCAGAAACCUUUCUUCCGUUUCUUCUCGAGCCUCGUCAAUGACUUCCACGCGAUAAAAUCGAGCUUGGGCUCUGUUUACUUCCGCUUCCUCACGACGAUCAGCGAGACGUUCAGCUCAUUGCAGCCCCGCUACUUCCCAGGUUUCGCAUUCUCUUGGACGUGCCUCGUCUCUCACCGCCACUUCAUGCCCAACCUACUGAUGUCGGAGCAUCGUGAGGGAUGGUCGAGCUUCCACGAACUGCUGCUAUCCCUCUUCAAGUUCUUGGCACCAUUCCUUAAGAAUGCCGACCUUCAGCCUGCGAUGAAAGAUCUAUACCGUGGCACACUUCGCCUCCUCCUCGUCCUCCUGCAUGACUUCCCCGAGUUCCUCAGCGAGUACUACUUCACCCUCUGCGAUGCCAUACCCCCUCGCUGCGUUCAGAUGCGCAACAUCAUAUUGAGUGCCUAUCCCGCCGGCCUCAUAUUGCCGGAUCCCAACCUUCGCGACCUCAAGUUGGACGCUAUCCCGGAAAUGGGCCCCAUACCCGCCGUGCUAUCCGACUUCGCGGCCGGCUUACGGGACCCCGAACUGCGCAGUCAGCUAGACCAGUAUCUGGUAAACCGCGGGACCCCAUUGUUCCUCCCAUCGCUCAAGAGUCGUCUCCAUGUCGCUGAUGGCACUGAGGGAUCUCCGGAGGGAUACGACUUAUCAUUCAUUAACUCCCUCGUGAUGUAUAUCGGGAUGUCAUCCGUCGCACAAGCAAAAGUACGAAGCGGCGCGACCCUGUUCGUUCCGACCGACCCCGGUGUCGUCGCGCUGCAGUACUUGGCAACGAAUCUCGAUAUGGAAGGCCAAUAUCACCUGCUCUCUUCGAUGGUGCUGCAUCUCCGUUACCCUAACGCGCACACUCAAUGGUUCAGCUCCCUGGUGCUUCAUCUUUUCCUCGAGAUCCAGGAGGGCCGCUUCGGUGAAGUCGUGACGAGGGUGCUGCUGGAACGCUUCGUUGUCCAUCGCCCUCAUCCGUGGGGAGCCAUGGUCACCUUCAUUGAGCUGAUGCGCAACCCAAAGUACGAAUUUGCCAGCAAGGAGUUCGUUCGCAUCGCGUCGGAGGUGACCCUAUUGCUGGAGAGUGUCGCACGCACGGUUUUCCAGGCUUGAGCAACGCUUUAUCGUCGUCUUGUGUUAUCUGUGUCAUAUAUUUCGCAUGUUCUUUGGGUCUUCACCGUCACACUGUACUGUACCACUAGUCUCCCGCCCACGGAACCCACUUUGGACGAUAUUCAUGACAGCGAUGCUAUGUUACCGUUACCCCAUUGUAUCACAAAAUUAGCUAGACAUAGUAUACUGUUGUUAAUGCUUCCGGCACAUACACUAUGUGACCUCCAUUCCGUUAGGCGACGCGCCCGCGGCUUUUUGCGCAGCUCCGUCUCGUGUAGGUGAGCCGGAGCGGGAUCUCGACGGACUGCGCGACGGAGUUCGCGACACAUACCGCGAACCUGCAUCCGACACCGGUGAUCGCGUUCCCGACCGUGACCUUGACCUGGAGCGCGAGACGUAGCGGGAGCCAACGCUGGCGCUUCCUCGAGACCCGCGCGCGGAGGCACCUGAAACGCUGCCGGAACUCGUUCUUGAGCGGCGACUUGAUCUGGAACCUGAGCGGGACCGGGUCCGAGAGCGACUGCGACUACGCUCUUCUUCAUCUUUGCCUUCCAUGGCGUCCAAUAACCGACUCUUUCGGGGGCCGAUUUCGCCGUUCUCUUCGAGAAUCGACCGUUUCUGUAUGCGAGGAAGGAUGAUGUCGCAGACGCGUUCUUCGUUCAGCAAGGCGUCAACGAACUCGUCCAUGUAGGUCAGGGUAUAUCCGGCCAUACUCCUGUUUCGUAGCUUCCUAUAGUCCUUCAGAAGCGGUUCUAACAGUUCGUACACCUCGACCGCGGCGAAUGUCAUGCGUAUAUAGAGCGCUGCAAGAGCGCGGAGGUAUUUGAACUCGUCGGCUUGGAGGUAUUCUAUGAGAAUCUCCUUCUCCGGUUGAAUCUGGAGCAGCUUCAGCAGAAGGCAGAUGUACUCUGUUGGACGCUGGUUCCCGUACACGCCUCCAAUAUAGCGUAGUUCGAUAGCUUUGUCGAUCAAGCUCUCGGCUGUCAGCGCGAAACAGUGUUCCUUCCAGUACGCCGAUUCGUAUAUACGGUUGCGGAUGACGGUUUCGACUAGAUACUGAGGGUUCUGGCCGUGGAUAGCGAGCGCGCCGCGGACGGUAGUAUUCGCCAUCUUGACGUAGACCUGGACGUGUCCAAGAGGUUACCGGUGGCCCAGCUCCGUUUUUUUCUCUGAGCCGUAGGUUAUAGGGACGCAAGCUCGCUCGGUUUGUAUCCUUUGUAGCCUGAGACAGGGACGCCAGAGGUGUGGGGGAUU